AUGGUAGACUAUUUUAAAUCAGAUGAGAAGCCAUCUUCGCUGCAGACUGGAAGGGGAGUAAACAACUCCUAUAGGAAGUGUUUAAGAUGUCCAAAAUAUAGAAAAAACCAUCAAAAAGAGCACUCGGCAAAGUCAAGGGAAUCACAGUGCCGAAAUCCCAGUCCCGAUGGAGAUGCUCCUAUUUAUCCGAACGAUCCUGAUCCCGACCCGGAAUGGAAUCCCCCGGAAUAUAACCCAACCCCACCCGGCGGGUAUAAAGACCAGAUUCUACUAUACCUGAUCGCGGGAUAUAUAUUAGGAAUCUUUCUGGUACUCAUCUGGUAUUAUUGGAAUCCCCAAAGAGCCCGCAGUGAUCUUAAUGGAACAUGGUUUUUUAUUAUUCUGUUCUUUCUUUUACUGCUUAUAUUGAGCCAACGGCGACCAGCAAGAUGCAUUGCAGUUUUAUGCUUUUCAACUUUAGCUCACUACCAAUCUAGAGCUCUUAUUAUAGCCCUGGCUUUCUUGAUUGCUUUUUGGGGUCCUGUGAUGAACAUCAUCCGUAAUAUAGACAUUAUGGCCAACAGUCUAAACUGUCAGCAAAAUCUACUUAUAUAUGCUCUUUGGUCUGUAAACAGCAUGAUUAGUGAUCCUUUGCAGUUAAUGGAGGAGUUAUUCAAAAGGACUGUGGAUGAAGUGCUCGGAAUGACGACAAAAUUGGAGAAGUUUUUUGUGAAGCUAGAAAAUCCAAUUGCAGAUAUCUAUGCCACCUAUGGGUUAUGCGCCAGCUGGUUGACCUUACAGAACGAACAAUUUGGCAAAAGGAUGGGUGCGCCGUACACUCGCUGUCUGAGAGCGGGGAACUUGAGUAUUUUUCAGUACCAAACCGAAAUCGGGGACCAAACAAGUGAGAGUUGUAACCAAGAACUAUUUUCUUGGUUCUGUGAGGGUCUUAAGGGUGUAAAUAGCUUCUUUUACGAUAAUCUGCUAUUGCCCCAAAUGGUCAUUGAGGAUAUUUUUCAACGUUUGCAAAUAUGCUUUCUCAAGAUCCGCUUGAUGUUCUUGGCUACCAUUAGUUUUAAUCACAGCGGAAAGCCAUACCCAAGGAUUUUAUUAACUGACAGAGAUCUCUUGUGCCGUCAGGACACGACCACAAACAAGUUAAGCUAUAUAUACUUUUGGCUUUACUUGAUGGUUUUGAUUCUGCUGUUGACUGUGAUCAUUCGAUCGAUAGACUUUCGAUUUCGUUACCUUAUGUCUGAGCACUUUGAGAAUGUCUAUAUAACAAAGGAAUUUGAGGUAUACGAAGAACAACAAUCGCAGAUAAUGGGGGUUCAGUUGUUGCCCCUUAACAAUUGUGAAGAUAAUAAAUAUGUAAAGAUAGCAUCCCUUAGGCUUCUGCCAGGCGAGCGUAGAGCAAUGUAUCGCUCGGGAGCUUUUUUGUUUAUCACCGGAAUACAGCUUUACUGCCUUUGUCUGGUGGACUACAGUCUUUACAGCAUGUUGGCCUUAUUGCGGCAACAUGGUAACAUGACGGAAGCUGAUCAACCUUCUUCCUACAGUAAAAUGGUAAUCAAAGGUGGCGGUCAAAUUGGUUCUUUUUUACGGGAUUUAGUUCACGCCUUUGAACCCAAGGUACUGCAGAUGAACUCCUACAACUGUCUACCAGUCCCGGAAAAUCCAAAGUACUGGCUAUAUUUCUGGAUCUUAGUUCUGUAUGUGCUGGCCUGGAUUAUGGUCUUUUGGGAGCCUUAUGGUCUCCGUCAGCGACAUCGUAUAAUGGCCUACUUUCAUCCAGAGGUAUCCUGUCGCAGAGUUCAGUAUCUGCACUAUAGCAUACUAAAAGGGAGGAGAAAAUCUGUACUCCAACUUAGCUCUCAAAGAGCUCGUUUUUUAAAGUGCUAUCGGUAUGACAAUAAAUUAGUAUCCUGCAUUUCCUGUCUUAGUUCGCUAACUAGCUGGUAA